AUGAGUCUACAUACAGGACCUUUAGAUCAAGAAGAUCAAGAAGCUAUCAUCGUUGAUGCAAGAGCUGGAGAUUUGGAGUCUCUUAAGGAUAUUUUUACCACUUUGAUAGAUCCAAGUGCACUCAUUGAAUGUACAGAUGAAUUGUCUAAGUCAUCUGCCUUGCAUAUGGCAGCCGCCAACGGUCAUUUCGAGGUGGUAAAAUAUCUACUAAGCAUUUUCCCAAAGGAUAAACUAAAGGAAUGGGUCAACAAGCAAAACGAAACAGGUAACACUGCAUUGCACUGGGCUUCGUUGAAUGGUAAAUUGGAUAUAGUACAGCUUCUUUGUGAAGAGUAUGAGGCUGAUCCAUUCAUCAGGAAUAAUUUCGACCAUGAUGCCAUCUACGAAGCUGAAAACAACGGACAAGAAGAGAUAGAAACAUAUUACUUGAAGAAGUUCGACGUGGAACCCGAAUCGACCGAAAAUGAGGAAGAAACUUCAUCGGAAAAGGAAGGAGAACAAGCCUCACAGCCCGCAUCUAUCGACAACGUCCAAUUUAGAGAAGGUACAGAGAUUGAACAAGUGACCAAAGAAGCUACAGAAGCUCUAAGAGAGCAAACUGAAAAGCUUCAACUAGAAUAA